AUGUCCUGUGAAAAAAGUUUCACCGUAGUUUUAGAUACAACAAGGUCUAUGGAAGAAGAGAUUGAUACAAUAAAAGUGAAUUUACAAAGCAUUGUCAACAUAUCUAGUAGUGACAUAAGCAAUUAUAUUUUGGUACCAUUCAAUGAUCCGGAUGUUGGCAUGCCCAUCAUAGUGCCCACUUUAUCACAGUUUUUAUCAGCCGUGAACUCCAUCACAGUUUCUGGGGGACACAAGUGCCCGGAAAAUUCGCUUUCUGGCAUAGAAAAGGCGUUGCAAAUAAGCAAACAGCAAUCCACAAUUUUUAUGUUCACUGACGCCUACUCAAAAGAUGUUAGCAAGCUUCAGUCUGUUGAGAAUCUCUGUCGAAGCACUCGCAGUCAGGUGAUGAUAUUUUUGAGUGGUUUUUGUUCUCCUGAACUAUCUCCUGGUGUAACUGACCAAGUGUAUUAUGACGUAGCUAAAGCUUGCUCAGGAUCAGUUCUACUUUUUGAUACUGCGUCUUUAAGACAGGCUUUUAGUUUUAUGAAAGAAAUAUUAAGUGAAGCUUGGACUGACGUUAUCAACUACGACACUUUUACAGAAAAUAAACAACUUACUGUUCUUCGACUGUCAGCGCCAUCAGCUGGAGACUAUACUAUAGCAGUAAGAUGCAGAAGCAAGACAGCGGUCACUUUAUACAAGAGAUAUGAGUUGCCACUGCGGUUCGGAUUCUCCACUAAAACCCCUAGAAGUAUGGACGAAACCAGCGGUGUACCGAUGCCAGGUCGAACAAAUAAAAUCUUGAUAGACGCUUCGCAAAGUAAUAUGAAACUUGAAGCCAUGCAUUUGCAGUUUAGUAAUGAACUAGAGAAAAAAGUUCUAGAGUUUGAAGAAAAUCCCGUCACGGGCUUGUACUUGACCGAAGCUUUCGUUGGUACCGAUCAGGGAUUUCGUAUAUGGAUAAAGGGCUAUGACUCGGACACGUUGAAGGAGAUAGUAGCUUCUUCGCAAAACUUCAUCCCUCAGCAAGUUACUGUAACUGAUACUGCUUGGAUAAAACCUCAGUCACAAAUAUUAGAUGCUGACGGAAAAAUUAUAGACUUUGGUUUGAAUGCUACAUUAGCAUGCAAAGUUACUGGUUACCCAGCACCCAAUGUUUUCUGGGUAAAUGAAAAUGGAAAAAUAUUGGCUUCAGAGACUAUUCUGCUAGAAGUACCGUCAUUAUAUCUAAGCUACGUCACCGUAGAAAACGUCACAGCAAAUUCUACGAUUUAUUGCAAAUCGAAAAAUUCUGAAGGCGAAGAUUCCCAAAGUGUAGAUCUGUAUGUGUAUAGACCAUACACAUUUGAGGUGUUACAGACUCCUGAAGAUCAGACAAUUGAAUACGGAGGUGAGGGUAAAUUAUUCUGUCAAGUCUCUGCAUAUCCCGUGGCGAAGACAACAUGGUACCAUAACGAUACGAUAGUAACAUCAUCUGACGAAAUUGAAGUAGAUUUGGAGUCCAACGCCCUGUGGAUAAAAAACAUGACUGUAAACACUUUCGAAGCACCUCAAGUAACAGUAGGUACUACAAAUGUUACCCUAAAAUUAGCAGAAUGGAGUUAUCUGGAAUGCAGAAUUAUUAAAGGAAAACCAUCUCCUAUAAUUACUUGGACGUUUAAACCUGAAGAUGAGUACGAGUUUAGUUCAUUACCAGACGGUGUGGUAGCUGAUGGUGGCAAAUUGAAGAUAGGAACAGCUCAACCCAACCAUAAAGGAGUUUACAGAUGCGAAGCUAACAAUGUAAAAGGACAAGAUUCAGCUGAAAUUACCGUACAACUUCAAUAUCCACCAACAAUAUCCAACGGUGAUUUGCACACCCUGACGGUGAAAGAAGAAGAUGAUGUGGAGUUACCAUGCGCAGUGGACGCGUCACCUCCAGCCAGUAUCCGUUGGGAGAUGUCUCAAGAUGACGUCAUCAUUAGUUUGGACGAUAGACACCGCACUGAUCAUCGGAACACUCAUCGAUUCAAGGCGUUAUGGAAGGACUCUGGAAAAUAUCACUGUAUUGCUGAAAAUAGUAUUGGCAGAGCUGAGAAGACCGUUACGGUUAUUGUUCUAGUGGCGCCGUACAUAGAAGCUCCAAACGAAAAGACCGUGCUUGCAAGAACUGGUAGUAGUGUUGCCUUAACCUGCAACGUCCUGUUUGGUAAUCCAGUGCCAUCAACAAAAUGGGAGUUCGUAGCACCAGACUCAACAACUAAGAUAUUGUUAAGGGGCAACUCUUCGAGUUUUCUUCGCCUAAACAACGUGAGCUACAGGAAUGAGGGAUCUUACCGCUGCAUUGCUGAUAACGACGUGGACACUGACAGCAUCAACAUAUACGUGAAAAUACAAUAA